AUGGUUGUCGUGGCGGGUGACCUGAAUGCCAAGCAUUCCAACUGGGGUGGCGGAAUUACGGAUGCACGCGGCGCUGCAGUAAUGCAGCUGGCGUGCCAAUGCGACCUGCACGUCCUCAACGAUCCGACCUCUGACCCCACCUUCGCGACGGCGUAUACAGAGAGUUGGAUCGACGUCACCCUGGCAUCUUCCGCAAUGAUAUCGCGCGGUCACGAGUGGGCCGUGCUUGAGGACCUCACCCUUUCCGACCACCGGCUGGUCGAGUUUUCUUUUCCUUUCGCGCGUCCCCCGCCUCGCAAAAAAUUAACGUUUCAGGGGAAGGCCGACCUGCUGCGUCAAUUGGCCGGCGAGCCGUGGUUCGACGCGGUGACUCGCGCUCACUUGUGCUCGGGUGCCGCGUUGGACGCGGUGCUCGAAAAAUUCUAUCUUACUUAUACUAGUGCUCACGCGCGACACCUGCGCAACACUAAAGGCGGUCCGCAUCGCGCGAACGCCUGGUGGACGCCGGAGCUCGGUAGCGAGCGCGGCCGCGUUCGGGCGAUGCGGCGCAAGUACCAACGCGCUCGCGACCCUGACAUGCGCGCGGAGCUUCGCGACGUGUUUGCCGCGGCGCGGGCACAGUACAGAGCCCACAUCCGUGACGCGCAGGAGUGCGCCUUGAGGCGCUAUUGCACGGAGUGCUCCAAGAAAUCUAUCUUUGGUGCCCCGUUUAGGGCGGCGUUUGGGAAGGCGCGACCACCAGUUGUACUGCCCGCGCUGCGAGCUCCCGGCGGCCGCUUGACGUCGGACACGCUCAGCUCUGCAUCGCUUCUGCUCCGCACGCAGGUGUCGCUGGACGAUGUGUCCACCGACACUGCGGAGCACGCUGCCGUCAGGGCGAUUGCGGCGGCCCCGGCCGUCACGCUUAUGGACGACAGGCCAUUUACAACGGAGGAGGUCGAACACCACACGGUCACUUAUCGUUGCCACACGGGCGAAGUAUCUGCCCACUCUACUUUGGGCAGUCCGCAGGGGUCGCCCAUCAGCCCCCUGCUUUGGAACAUCGUUAUUUCAGGACUGUUAGACGUUCCUAUGCCUCCCGGCGUCGCCAUCCAGGCAUACGCCGACGAUACCGUGCUUGUGAUGCCGGGGGAGAGCCGCGCUGCGAUCGAGAGGACCGCGGCGCUCGCUCUGCAGCGCGUUGCCGAGUGGUCCUCUCGUUCGAAAGUUCGUUUCCUGCGUGAUCUCUCCUGA